UUUCCAGAGUAAUAAAUCUCAAUUACUUUCUUACUUAAUAAUAAAAGGUUUAAUUUGUGUUCGCUUGUGUUGUCAUUGAUGAAUACGAUGAUUUGGAACGUGACAAAACACUUCUGGAGAGAACUCAUGAACGGUGGACAGGGCCAGUAGUGGUGGUCCCUGGACUAGGGAGUGAAUUGGGCCAGUAGUGGUGGUUCCUGGACUAGGGAGUGGAUUGGGCCAGUCGUGGAGGUCCCUGGACUGGGAGUGUAUUGGGCCAGUAGUGGUGGUCCCUGGACUGGGGAGUGGAUUGGGCCAGUCGUAGUGGUCCCUGGACUGGGGAGUGUAUUGGGCCAGUGGAUUGGGCCAGUAGUUGUGGUCCCUGGACUAGGGAGUUAAUUGGGCCAGUAGUGGUGGUCCCUGGAUUGGGGAGUGUAUUGAGUCAGUAGUGGUGGUCCCCAGACUGGGGAGUGUAUUGGGCCAGUAGUGGUGGUUCCUGGACCGUGGAGUGAAUUGGGCCAGUAGUGGUGGACCCUGGACUGGGGAGUGAAUUGGGCCAGUAGUGGUGGUCCCUGGACUGGGGAGUGGAUUGGGCCAGUAGUGGUGGUCCCUGGACUGGGGAGUGGAUUGGGCCAGUCGUGGUGGUCCCUGGACUGGGGAGUGUAUUGGGCCAGUCGUGGUGGUCCCUGGACUGGGGAGUGGAUUGGGCCAGUAGUGGUGGUCCCUGGACUGGGGAGUGUAUUGGGCCAGUAGUGGUGGUCCCUGGACUGGGGAGUGUAUUGGGCCAGUAGUGGUGGUCCCUGUAUUGGUGAGUGUAUUGGGCCAGUCAUGGUGGUCCUUGGACUGGUGAGUGUAUUGGACCAGUCGUGGUGGUCCCUGUAUUGGUGAGUGUAUUGGGCCAGUAGUGGUGGUCCCUGGACUGGGGAGUGCAGAUGCCAAUCUUGGGAAAAGCCCUCUCCAGCUGUUUGAGUCCCAGUCAUGCUAUAGAAGCUAUAUGCAGAGUGACUCACGUCAUGCAAAAGAUAGCAAAGAGGUUGUGCUACUCCCCACCCUCCCUCUGUUGUUGUUCGAUAACACAGAGGAGGGAAAACACCCCCACUGGUGUCCACCCUUUACCACUACUCAUAGUUUACCUCAGAAAGAAGGAAAUUAUUGAUCAUCUCUAUCAUUUUACACUUUUUACUUGAGGAUAAGAUGGUUGAUUAACACUAUAGAUAAUCUUCUCGGUUUUGAUAGCCGGUGACGAAUCCCUUUUUUUCCCAUGUGCAUUGGCUUGCAAUGCUGUCCCAGAAGGAGAAAGAACUACUUGCAGAUGUGUGGCGAGGGUUGAUUCCUGUGGCUCAAUAUAUUGGAUCUGACGCUCUGAUUAGAAUGUUUGCAACCACCCCGGGCACCAAGACAUACUUUUCCCAUCUCGACAUUAGCCCAGGCUCCGCCCACCUUUUCUCCCACGGGAAGAAGAUCGUCCUGGCUAUCGCCGAGGGAGCCCAAGACAUCAGUCAACUGACAGUCACGCUGGCUCCUCUGCAGACCUUGCAUGCCUACCUGCUUCGGAUACACCCCAGCAACUUCAAGCUUUUCUCACACUGUAUGCUCGUCGCCUUGGCUGUUCACAUGGGCGAGGACUUCACACCGGUUUUACACGCAGCAAUGGACAAGUACCUGUCGGCUUUUGCAGCAGUGCUGGCUGAGAAAUACAGAUGAGACUCAAUGUAUAUGAACACCACUCAAAUAUAUUUCAAUAUGUGCAUUUACUGUUCCAUGUGUCAUGUUUUGUAAUAAUAAAAUAUGUGAAAAUAGCAAUAAUAGCAAAUAAUGCCUUUUUUUGUCUUCAUUUAAUGAGCUGAUUUGCAUUUUUUUUUCUUUCCCCGGUCAUGUCACCGGUCUGCAGUCCGAUGUUGCUGGGCAGAAUUUGUCUCAUCUGCCUCAUUGGCCAAUGAGAAAAUACAUUACUAAAAGCAAAUGAUAGCCAUGCAAGCUUGGAUGUUUGAAAGGCAAACUCAGGGCUGAUAGAUUUUAUACUCCGUAUUGUGUUUAUACUCUGUAUUGUGCUUAUACUCUGUAUUGUGUUUAUACUCUGUA